AGGAUAAAAAGUUUUGCGCAUUUUUCUUUCCUCUUUUUUUGUUUUUUCAAAGCUGAAGCAUUUUCUUUUGCUUAUUUAUAUUUGUGUUGCUUUAAGUGGGAACACUCAGACGUUAACCUUUGACUGUGGCGUUUUAGAAAAAUAUAUCUUAUAGAUUUUCCUUUCCCUUUUUCUCACUAUUUAUUAAGUAUUUUUGUUUGUGGGUUGCGUUUGAUCUUCUGUUUGCUUUCAAGGAGUGCUGAAAGGUGCUGUUUUUACAGAAACAUCAGAGUUUUUUCGAGUGUUCGUUUGGCCUUUCUUUUUAUUGAAGGACUUUGGGUUUCGGAAGUUCACUUGAUCCAUAAGGCAUUUUUAUCACUGUAUUUUUUAUGAGCAAUGGAGAUCUAUCCAUAGACAGAGCAUAUGCAGGGUAGUAAUUGGGCUACACACAACUUAACAGCUAGUUUAGAAGACAAGUCCCAUGGAAAUUUUGUUCUGCAUUCUUCUGGUGCUAAAGACAAUCAAUCAGCUGUUUGUCUUUUUUUGGUUCUCUGUUCCAGUUGCUUGAUAGAGUAUGAGCUAUCCAUCAACUGAACUUACCAGAAGUAUGGCAAUAUAUGAGCAAUUCCACCAGAUAAGCAGGUGGGGAGACACCUUCAAUGGUGACGAUAGUCCAAAUACAGGAUCGUCCACAAUUGUACAGGUGGAUGUUAGGCUAGAUAACAAGGCUGAACAUAUAUCUUGUGAGCAAGUUGAACUUUCAAGAAGUGAUCAAGAAACAAACAAGCCCUCUGAUAAGAUACAGAGACGCCUGGCACAAAAUCGAGAAGCUGCUCGUAAAAGUCGUCUCCGGAAAAAGGCCUAUGUUCAACAAUUAGAAUCCAGUCGUUUGAAACUAGCUCAAUUGGAGCAAGAGCUUGAAAGAGCUAGGCAGCAGGGCAUAUGCAUAAGUGGUACUUCAGAUACUGGGUUUUUUGGACUGUCUGGAACCAUAAACUCAGGGAUUACUACAUUUGAGAUGGAAUAUGGACACUGGGUUGAAGAGCAAAAUAAACAGAUUUGUGAACUUAGAAGUGCACUCCAGGCACACAUUACUGAUAUAGAGCUAUGCAUACUGGUCGAAAAUGGCUUGAACCACUAUUGCAAUCUGUUCCGCAUGAAAGCAGAUGCUGCAAAGGUGGAUGUCUUUUAUUUGAUCUCAGGCAUCUGGAGAACUUCAGCUGAGCGUUUUUUCCACUGGAUUGGAGGGUUCCGACCAUCAGAGCUUUUAAAUGUUGUCUUGUCACAAAUUGAACCCUUGACUGAUCAACAACAUUUCGAGGUCUGUAACCUUCGACAAUCUUCUCAGCAAGCUGAAGAUGCUCUUUCCCAAGGAGUAGAUAAACUCCAGCAGAAUCUGGCACAGAGUGUAGCAGCUGAUUUGAGUUCAGGAAACUACAGAGUCCUGAUGGCUGCUGCAAUAGAUAAAUUGGAAGCCCUUGAGGGCUUUGUAAACCAGGCUGAUCACCUUCGCCAACAGACUUUGCAACAGAUGGCUCGAAUCCUAACAACCCAUCAAGCAGCUCGAGGUUUACUUGCCUUGGGGGAAUACUUUCAUCGUCUACGUGCUCUCAGUUCACUCUGGUCUGCCCGUCCUCGCGAACCUGCCUAGUCUCUGAACAUAUAACUUCGAGAACCACCAAUCUAGGCUGUAGUCAUCAGAAAUGUGUUCCUCAACUGGUAAGCAAACGGAUUUUUGGAGGCCUUGUUGUAUGAACUUCAAUAUAUAUAUAUAUAUAUAUAUAUAUCUGCUUAUAUUGUUUCAAAGAAAAAUCUGGAGCAUAAAAUCUGUAAAUAUGAAUCCUUAUACUGUGUACCAGGAAGAACUUUAGGUCAUUAAAGUUAGAUUUACUGGUAUUGUAUGCUACCAUACAUAUUGGAAGCCAGAAGAAUUAUACUAGCAAGCUUGUGAUUGCAUUAUUUUUGGCAUUUUUGGGUUAUUGAAGUUAAGUGGGACAACAUAUUUAGCAUAUUUGAUGCAUUGAAAUUUGCAAACAUUAUACCAUCUGAAACGAAGAGAAAUGGGAUUGUUUUUCUUUUUUUUUUUUUUUUUUGCUAAAGGUGAAACAUUAGCCAGAAAUAAUCCUCUGUUUGAACCUUCUGCAACCUGGGUUUGGACCAAGGUGAACUGUGGCUCAACCAUCACCCCAAAGUUCAAACCCUCUAUAGGAUUUUAGCCAGUUGAUUUUUUUUUUUUUUAAAGAGAAAGAUCGGCCAUAACCCAUGAGCUGAAAACAAAUGGAGUACAAAAAGGACACUAAGAAUUGUCUAAAAGUUGUGCAAAAAUCAAUUAAAAUUAAUUUUGCCUAAUUUUUUAAUUUAAAUGUUAAAAAAGGGCGAAAAUACCUAUUAAUUAGCACAAAAGGAGUUGAAAUUUCGGAUUCAAACAUCAUAUGAAAUAAGUUAAAAAAAGGGCUAGAAGUGACAAAAGGAGUUGAAAAAUAUAGAGUCGAGGAGAUAAGAAUUAUUUU